GGAUAUCCCGCCGGUGCAUAAUAUCUCGGUGUUCUUCCCAAGAUGCGCCGAGAAAUCGGCUGAGUACGUGCUGGGGCUCAUCAAGGCCCAGAAUGAGGACAUCCACACGGCUGCGUGGAAGGUGGUUUCAUGCGGCGCCGAAGACAACGGUCUCAGGCUCAACCUGGGGAUCGAUGAGGCGUCGUAUGUCAGCAUCAAGAGGGCCGGAUUCACAAUCAACUUCCGUUAUAGUUAUGUUACGGUGCGGCCAUGGCGGCAUAAGACGACAGGCAGCAAGCAGUCAGAGUCCCAAGACAUACAAGUCGACGAGGCUACUGACUCCACUGCUGCUCCAGCGACCGAGUCGACCAUGGCGCCACUGAAAGAUCAGCUACCGGAAUUAGCACAGGCACCAGCUCUUGUGAGUGCUCCCGGGCCAAGUGCCACUGACUACGUGCGCACCACACAGGAGCUCCUAGCGGACAUAGGCAGGCUCGAACUCGACAGAGAGGGCGAGGGUGAGGCACGGCUCUCGAACAUCGAGGACGAGCCCCAACUAUGAGCCCAACAGCGCUAACAGUAGCCCAGGUCAACUUGCAUCAUGCGGUGGCCGCCUCGGCGAUCAUUGCAAGCAGGUUUGCCACGGAGGACCUGGGAAUCCUACUGAUACAGGAACCGUGGACCUACAGAGGCCAGGUGAGGGGCCUCAAUCAUAACAACAAUAAGAAUUUCUUACACAGGAUCUGGGCGCGGUCCAAGCUACCUUAAGGGUCAACGGGAAGGAACUGGAGGUGGUCUUAGCUGCAGCCUACUUUCCGGGGGAUAACGCCAACGUGCCGCCUCUUGAGGUACAGCAGCUGCUGGAAUUUUGCCGCAGGAAACGACUUCCGGCGAUUCUCGGCUGCGAUGCGAAAGCCCACAAUAUAGAGUGGGGCAGCUCGGACAUAAACCGUAGGGGUGAGUGCUUAUUAGAAUAUAUUAUCAGUGAAGACCUGUGCAUCCAUAAUGUCGGUAAAGAACCAACGUUCAUAACUAGGGUCAGAGAGGAGGUACUUGACAUCACUCUCAGCAACAGACUGGCCAGUCCUCUGAUCGUUCAGUGGCGGGUCUCAUUUGAGCCCUCACUGUCGGAUCACAGGAUUAUCCGAUUUGCACUGGGAGCUGAGGCUCUGACAGGUCACCCAAAGAGGAACCCCAGGAAAACAGACUGGGAUAAAUACGAAGAGGUACUUAGGUUGAACCUAAGCAGAAUAGAGGCACAACAUAGAAAGGUGGAUUGUAUGGAGUUAGAGGACAGGGUCAACAAGCUGAACGGCACUAUUCUGGAUGCCUUUACCUCCAGCUGUCCCGUGUCAAAGCCAAAGGGGAAAGCUCAGCCUCCCUGGUGGACACGGAAACUCUCAGUUCUUAGGAAAGAUGUGCGAAGACCUUUCAACAGGGCAAAGCGCACCGGGAACUGGGAGGAGUACUCAGUCUGUCUAACAAAAUACAAUAAGGAGAUUAGGAAGGCCAAGCGUAGCAGCUUCAGAACCUUUUGUGAGAACAUCGCAUCUACUCCUGCAGCUGCUAGGCUGCAUAAAGCAUUAGCGAGAGACAACACAGGGACCAGACUGGCUAUUAGGCUACCUAAUGGGGCCUUUUCAGGUAAUGAACAGGAAAGGGCACGCGCCCUGCUAUCGGCCCACUUUCCGGACGUUGUUCCGUGCGUUCAGGCCAUCCCCACCGGACUGGAAGUUGGCUAGAAGCCUUAUAAACCGGCAAACAGUGCGGUGGGCUCUGGACUCCUUCGAACGGUACAAGGCCCCUGGGGUGGAUGGUGUAUGUCCGGCGUUGCUAAAGCAGGGCGGGGAGCUCUUACUUCCACAUCUUGUGGACAUUAUGAGGGACAGUCUAGCACUGGCUCACAUUCCCAAGGUGUGGCAAAGGGCCAGGGUUAUUUUUAUCCCGAAGGUAGGUAGGAGGGAUUACUCUCUUGCCAAGUCAUUCAGGCCGAUAAGUCGCACAUCCUUUAUGUUAAAGGCAAUGGAGAAAAUUAUUGACCAUGAAAUCAGGUAUAACACUCUAAAACAAACCCCUCUGCAUUCCAACCAGCACGCGUACAGGGUGGGGAGAUCCACGGAUACUGCGCUGUAUGCCUUAACGGAGGAAAUACAAGGGGCCUUUGAGUGUGAUGAGGUGGUGCUCUGUGCCUUCCUCGAUAUCGAGGGGGCCUUCGAUAACGCCUCCCAUUUGGGAGUCGACAGAGCUCUUGGGAAACAUAACGUUCAGCCAACCAUCCGAAGAUGGAUAGCAAGGUUACUUCAGACCAGGAUUGCCGAAACUGAAGUCGGUGACAGCGUCGUUCAAAUACAAACGACGAAAGGGUGCCCACAAGGGGGGGUAUUAUCUCCUCUACUGUGGAGCUUAGUUGUGGACGAACUCCUACAGAUACUUACGCUGCCAAGGGUACGCGGACGACAUAGUGAUUAUCGCUAGAGGGAAGUUCGAAAGUACUCUCUGUGACAUCGUCCAAAAAGGACUUAACCUUGCGAAAAGGUGGUGCAUAGACGUAGGUUUAAAUAUCAACCCUCCUAAGACAGCCAUAGUCCCCUUCACCAAGAAACGAAAUCUCCAGGGGAUGAGGAACUUGACCUUGGACGGGGUCGCAAUCAGUGUCGCCACAGAGGUUAAGUAUCUGGGGCUUACCCUGGACUCCAAGCUUCUGUGGAGGGCCCAUGUUGAUGCGGUCACCUCUAAGGCCACGAGAGCGAUGAUGGUGUGCAAAAGUCUGGCGGGUAAAUCCUGGGGGUGCACUCCGAGGAUCCUCAGAUGGAUGUACACCAUGAUAGUGAAACCAAUAGUGACUUAUGGUGCGGUGGCUUGGUAUUCCAGGGCUACUAUAGGAACGGUGAGGCAGACCCUCUCCAAGAUUCAACGUCUGGCAUGUGUUUGCAUUACGGGAGCAAUGCGCACAUGCCCGACGGCAGCGCUAGAGGUAAUACUGGAACUCGAGCCACUGCAUCUCUCAAUUGAACAGGCUGCAAAGCGAACCCUCCUUAACUUUGCGAGAGAAGGCUUCGGCAAAGGCAAGGUGUUAUCAUCUAGAAACAGGGACAAGCUAGGUACCCAGCCCCCCCCUACGCUGAAGCUUUCGGUGUCCCUGGGGACUUUCCAUAGCAUCUUUCAAGCGGAGGUCUAUGCCAUCAGUAUGUGCCCUGAGAUUAAUAUUCGCAGGAACUAUAGGAAGGAAAGGAUACUUAUACUAAGUGAUAGCCAGGCGGCAGUAAGGGCCCUCUCAUCAUUCGAGAUCAAGUCCUCCUUGGUUAGGGAGUGUGUCGAGAGGCUCAAUGCUCUGGCGGAGGUCAAUGAUUUCCAACUAAUGUGGGUACCAGGGCACAUGGGGGUCGCAGGAAAUGAGGAAGCUGAUCAUCUGCCCAGAACGGCCGCUUCCUCGACCCCGAUAGGACCUGAUCCCUUUCUGGCAGUAGGACCAAACACCAUAAAGGAAAUGCUCAGAAGGGACAACAGCAAACUGAGGGAAUUACACUGGCUUGGCACCAUGGGCCAACGUCAGGCAAAAAGCUUAUUAGGAGGUUACAAUCUGUCAAGAUACAGGCUUCUCAUGGAUCUCCCAAAAGAGAAACUAAGAAUUAUUACAGGUUUUUUGACGGGCCACUGUAAGCUCAGAGGGCACCUGCAUAAAUUAGGUAUCUGGUCCAGCGACCUGUGUCGCUUUUGCGAUGCAGCCAAAGAGACUCCUCUACACCUUCUUAUGGAGUGUGAUGCCGUUGCACGCAGGAGGUAUAGGAGCAUAGGGCAUGUCUGGCCAAGAGAGGAGCACAUACACUCACUGUCCCCGGGGUCUAUUAUGAAAUUUAUAGACACUCUGGGGCUGGUUGAUGUAUUGUGAUGAGCUAGGGGCACAAUAGACCUACUGGUCGCAGUGCCAUACCCAACCAACUAUCUAUCAAUCUAACUCCCAAAUUAAAAACGUACAACGUUGGAUUUUGUAUUCUAGCAGCUGAAGGAACGUAUACUAAAAAUUUCAGACAUGUGCUAACGAUUUAAGAAAAAAAAAUUUUCACAAGCAAAUUCGAAGUAUGUGAGAAUUUCCCGUAUGAAUUCACUCGAAUUUAUUUUAAAAAAAAUAUGAAAAUACAGACAUUAAGGACCACCGAAACGCAUAUG